CUCCUUGCCGCAGGGGCGCUUGCAUCCGAGCCGUCGUCUGUGGGUGGCUCGUGGAUGCGUUGGGAUCAGAAUCACAUCUCGCUCACGCUCUGUCCACACAUGCUCGUCGGUGUUGAUCCCAACCGCUGUUGAUCCCGGCGCCAUGAUAUGCAGACAGUCGUGAGGCCUUGACCGCCCUUCAUCUUGCCCAUGAACAGUGGUUCGAGGUCCCUCUCUAUGGCACCAAUGCCUACCACUUCCUGAUGCGCUUCGUCACGGCCUUUUGCGCACCCGGCUUCAUGAUGACCAUGGGUGUGAGCAUCACACUCUUCACCGGCAGCCGCAAGCGGAUCGGCUGGUCGGAUGCCCGCAUCCUUCAGCACUUUGCCAUCCGCGGCUUCUUGCUGGCUCUGAUCAACUUUUGGAUGACGAUGAGCUUCGUGGCUCCCUCGGGCAAGCCCCUCCUCUUGACGACCGUGCUCUUUGCCCUCGGCAUCGACAUGAUCCUGGGUGCCAUUGUGCUCCUGGCCGAGACCAGACUCACGAGCUAUCUCUAUCAACGGAUCGAGAACUCGUCCCUGCCCCAGCACGACAAGGAUCGCCAUCAGUACCGUCUCCGACUGGCCUCGGUGCUGUUCUACCUGAUCGCCGCCGUGAUCCUGGCCGUUGUCAUCACCGCCGUCACCCCGGUAUACGAUGGCGCCACGCCGCCAAAGGAGAGCGACUUUAGUUUCUGGUAUCUGCUGUGGGUCCUGCCGUACACCGACAUGAUGGGCGAUGGUGCUCGGAUCGGAAGCGUCUACCCGCCGCUGGCUUGGCUCAGUGUUGUGCUCUGGGGUAUCUUUGUCGGCAAGGUCAUGACCGAGUUCAAGCUUGGAUUCAACGACAACAUCAAGUUCCACACGGUCUUGUCGGUGGUGCUCUUGGCCAUCUUCUUCCCACUCCGAGCCCUUGGCGGCUUCGGAAACAUCAACCCUGGCCUGGCCCACCAGCCCGGCGAGCUCCCCUGGGUAGCUUUCUUCAAUCUGAUCAAGUACCCUCCCGAUGUGGCCUAUCUGACCUGGAACUUGGGUGCAAACCACCUGUUCUUGGUGCUGUUCCUGCUCGCCACCAGUACCGAGGCUGCGGCCAACGCCCCUGGACCCUGGUCUCUCCGUGGCCUUGUCAGUCGGGUCGUUCCUUUGGACGCCUGGGAAACGAUCAAGUCGCCCAACAAUCCUGUGAUGAGCUAUGGCGUCUCGAGCUUCUUCUUCUACAUCGGGCACUUCCAAGUGUUCUUCUUUGCCGCCUGGUGGAUGAAGAUAUUCGGCAUCGAGCCCUUUGCCCCGGGCCUGGAGUACUGGGUCGCUUGGGUCGCGGGCAUGUGGCUCAUGUUCCUCGGCUGCCGAUGGUACGGCCAAUUCAAGGCCAGCCAGCCCGCAGAUUCGAUCUUCCGCUUCUUCUAGCCCUGCCAUAUCAUCGAGCAUACCGGAAGCAGUGCCUGGCCUGUGUUUCCGAGGAAGGAAGACCCUGUGGUGUCAUUUGACCGUCGCAAUACACACCUUCUCGCUCGCAAACCGGUCUUUCGGAGACGACCUCCA